AGGAUGGGGCUGGUCUAACACUGGGGGAGGAGGUGGAACAGUGCAAUGCCUUCCUCUCUAGGAUUGCAGUGACCACAAAACAUAUGUCAAAGGCAGGACGCACAGACAUGCUCACUCUCAUGGCCAUGCGCUGGAAUCAGCAAAAGACCACAAAAUCUCUGCAAAGCCAGUUACAAAACCUAAAGACCAUGAAAGCCCAAUUGACAGUGACAGCGAGCCAAUUGGAAGACUGGGUGAAUGAUGUAAAGGAUUGGGCUGACGCAGCAACAACAGCAACAACAACUACGAAUGAUGCUGAUGCCCUGGCCAGCAGAAUUGAGGUGCUGGUAGCCAGUAUCAAGAGACGUUCCCAGCGUCUCUAUAAAGAUAACGAUGGCAACAAAGGUCGAGCCAGAAUCCGCCGCAAGAUCAGGGAGGAGAAGGGAAUCCUGACAUCUGUUGUGGAGAAAUACAACAGAAUGGUUCCAAUCACAGAAACUCUUUGCCUAGACACCAUUUUGUCUGGUGAGACAGCUUGGCCAUGGCAGCUCCCACACAGUGACUCUGUCGAUCUAAGGACAAAGAGAAGAGCUUUUGACAUCAUCAUGUCAGUAAGGAGGCUUGAGGAGGAGCAGAAGAUUCUUGUUGCAGAGAUGGACCACCAUUGGAAAUCUCUCUCAGCUCGUUCUGAUACCCUCAGAGAGCUGUCCUGCUUAUUUUCAAAUUCGCAAUGUGAUCUAAGUGGAGAGGGUUUGAAAGGUCUGCACAGCAUCAUCCCGAAAGCGGCAUCAAAUCAGAGAAAUGAAGGUGCAAGCAAGAGACUGUUACCUCCAAGUUUUGUCUGGAGCAGAGAACAUCAGCUUUUUGGACAAUGCAUCAUCUGAUGAGUACGACAGUGACGAUGACAUUUCUGAUGAUGGACUGUAAUCUAUAAGACUGUAACACCUUUCAUACUUGGACAAUAGCCUUAACUAUGAAUAUA